AUUUCUCAAUCUCUCCGCCCAAAUUCAUCUAUAAACUUCCGGCCCCUCUUUCUCUUCUCGCUCCACUGAAGAAGGCUCCUGAUUUCAAUUUUUCCUUAUUCGAAAUUUGAGAUCAAAUGGCCGCCGUCUUCGGAGCCACCUCCGCCGCUAUUUCCAUCUCCUCCUCCAACUCCUCCCGGAAGCUCCACCUCCCUUCCCGUAGAUCCCUCCCAGGGAGAAAAGCCAGCUUUGUUGUGGUUAGAUCUGACGCCGGAGUUAACCCGGGCCACAAUGCCAGGGCCCGCCGCGCUGAUCAGCUGAUCACUAAUGCUGUUGCUACCAAAGCAGAUGGUGCUGCAGCUUCCGCGCCGUCGAAACCUGGGCAUGAACUUCUUCUUUUUGAAGCCUUACGAGAAGGAUUAGAAGAAGAGAUGGCUAGGGAUCCCACUGUAUGUGUAAUGGGUGAAGAUGUGGGUCACUAUGGAGGAUCGUACAAGGUGACCAAAGGCCUUGCUGAAAAGUAUGGGGAUCUCAGGGUUCUUGAUACUCCAAUUGCUGAGAACUCCUUCACAGGGAUGGGUAUUGGAGCUGCCAUGACUGGUCUGAGACCAAUUAUUGAGGGUAUGAACAUGGGUUUUCUCCUUCUUGCCUUUAACCAGAUCUCCAACAACUGUGGUAUGCUCCACUACACUUCUGGAGGUCAAUUCAAGAUACCAGUAGUCAUUCGUGGACCUGGUGGAGUGGGUAGACAACUUGGGGCUGAGCACUCACAACGUCUCGAGUCGUACUUUCAGUCAAUCCCUGGAAUCCAAAUGGUAGCAUGCUCAACCCCUUACAAUGCUAAAGGUCUGAUGAAAGCUGCCAUUCGAAGUGAUAACCCUGUGAUCCUUUUCGAGCACGUGUUGCUAUACAACCUGAAGGAGAGAAUCCCUGAUGAGGAAUAUGUGUGUUCUCUUGAGGAAGCUGAGAUGGUUAGGCCUGGGGAGCAUGUCACUAUAUUAACAUAUUCUAGGAUGAGGUAUCAUGUGAUGCAGGCUGCUAAAACUUUGGUGAACAAGGGGUACGACCCAGAAGUUAUUGAUAUUAGGUCAUUGAAACCAUUUGAUCUUUACACCAUUGGGAACUCAGUGAAGAAAACACAUAGGGUCCUGAUUGUGGAGGAGUGCAUGCGGACAGGUGGAAUUGGUGCUAGUUUGACAGCAGCCAUCACCGAGAACUUCCAUGAUUAUUUAGACGCUCCAAUUGUAUGCCUGUCGUCCCAGGACGUGCCAACACCAUAUGCUGCAACAUUAGAGGAAGUGACUGUUGUUCAACCAGCUCAAAUUGUGACAGCAGUUGAGGAGCUCUGCCAGUAGUUCCAGCAGCAUGGAGUCUAAGCAGCUUUUGUAGCUUUAUUUCAUCAUGUCCAUCUAUUUUCACAUUUGGCUAGUGUUUUUGUUUUUUUGUUGCGUUAUAAAAACUUGUAACUGUUAAAAGUGAUCCAAGGUUCUUUGUUUAUCUUUCACCAUAAGGUAUGUAAGAUCAAGUGUUUGAAUUGUGUAAUAGCCCUCUUCUAUGGCAUAUUAAUUGAGUUCUGCGAUGCAGAUUAUAUUGAUUAUCAAUGAUCUAUUAUUAAU